AUGAUGCCGCAUCUCCCUUUAAAACGAUUUGGAGCAGCUAGGAGCCCAUGUAAACUUAAUGGCUACUCUCACUCUCGCUCGCGCAUAUCAGUCGAGUUUCGACACCCACCCACACAGGACUCUAGCGUAUGGCUUUGGCUUACCAAUUUAACUGGUGGUGCCCUCAAUGCCUUGGGCGACAUUGUCGCACAGUUGAAUCACAACGUUAAGACGCGUAACACCCACGAUAAACACGAAAACUGGGACCCAGUUCGAACCGCUCGGUUCUUCAUCUUUGGGGCCUCGAUAUCACCCUUUCUUGGCCGUUGGAACGCAUUCCUCGAGCGAAAGUUUCCUCUACGCGCAGCCGGAGCCAAGCUCAGCCUCAAUGCACUCUCAAAACGCGUUGCCUGUGACCAAAUCAUUAUGGCUCCUAUCGGCCUCGUCGCGUUUAUAAGCACUAUGGGCGUCCUCGAAGGCCGUAGUCGAGAGCAGAUCACUCAGAAAUUCAAAGACAUGUUUGUGCCAACUCUGCGGACAAAUUGGACGGUAUGGCCUGCCCUCCAAACCUUGAACUUCACAUUGGUGCCUCUCCCACUGCGUGUCCCUUUCCAAUCAACUUGUGGUGUGUUCUGGACUCUUUACUUGUCUACCGUCAAUGCCAGAGAAGAGAACAAACAAGACCGCGAGAUCGCCAUGCGCCGCACGCUUGGAUAA